AUGAAUAUGGUGAGGUGUCUGCUCACUGAGAAGAAUAUGCCAAGGAGUUUUUGGCCUGAAGCUGCAAAAUGGACAUGUCAUGUCCUAAACCGAAGCGUAACAAAUGUGGUGAAAGAUAUGGUUCCGGAAGAGUGUUGGAGCGGAAUCAAACCCAAUGUGGGAUACUUCAGAGUCUUCGGGUGCAUUGGUCAUGUGCACGUGCCUGAUCAGCGGAGAAUAAAGCUUGAUAGCAGGAGCCGUAAGUGUGUCAUUCUUGGAGAGAAAUGGGUUUGGAGCGCAGAUGAGAAUGGUACCAACGAGAUUCUGGACUGGGGAGAAGAAGAGUUAAAUGGAGAAGAUGAUACAGAAGAAGAAACUGAGGCUGCUGAAGAAGGAGACGAGGAUACAGAAAACCCAGAAAAUCCUGCAGUCGUUGAUGAAAAUGCAGGAAAUGUUGGAAAUUCUCCACAGCCAGAGGUACAAGAGAUGAGAGAUCGAAGAGCACCAUUGUGA